CCUAUGGCAGUUAAACGGUAUACGUGGCUUGGCAUGCUGCGAGACACUAGCGGCGCUCAAACACGCAGUCCCUGUGUCCGUAGAAUAGGCAGGUAUCGUACUUCUGACGAAGGCCACCAGAGAUGCAGUCAGCGAAUGCCAGGGAGGCACUGGGAUCGCGACAUGCACUACACUCCUUGCCGCGAGGAGGCUGUGACCCAGACCCUUCUCACAUAUUGAACUCGCGCGACUCAAGAGAAAGUUCCAGAUGCUCGACCGCACAAGCCAUAUAUUCGCUGUCAUCGAACUUUUUAAUGUCGAAUGGCUAUAGGAGAACAUUACCCCCAUAACGGGGGCGGGAGUUGGUGACAAUAGGGUCGCCGGGAUCCUCAGGGAAAGCCAAAACGGACAAACCAAGGCCACGUUCUUGUCACAAGGACAGUCUCGCGGACAUCGACACGUACAACCAAUUGACCGGGAUUGCGGAACCUACAAAAGCGGACCGACUAUAUAUAUAAUCGGCUCGCCGAUAAGUCGGCGCUCGCGACCAGACAGAGGUUGCUAGCCUGUCCAGGGUGGAGAGUCUAGCAGCACCACGGGAUUCGCGCACGAACGGUGCGUGAACCACACGUCAGCCGGAAUUUCAGCGGGUCGAGCGGAAGCCUAAUUGUUGGCGCUCGCGAUGAUAGGCUUUUAUGAGUAUCCUAGCAGAAGACUGGGAGAGCCAUAAGCCGUAUUGCAGGCAUGUCGUAUAUUGCCCUGCCACGAUUCACACUGUCGAAGAAGGCAGAUCUUCUGCUUGUGGUUACAGAUGGUUUAGAAUGAUGGGGUCGGGGUGAAACGAUCUGUCAUACUCUUCUUCCUCCUGAUUGAUAAGCAGAUACUGGUAGCUGACACAUUACGACCACACUGUCAUCACUGCUGGCGUAGGUAGGUACGGUUGGGUUUUAACGUAACUCACAAUUGCUUCCGUACGUCCUGCAGUCAUACCUGAUUUGAGGCCGAAGUAAACGAGGUUGAGACAGAACUCUUUCGACCUUUCUCUUGCCUUUGUCCGAUGAAAUUGCGGGAAGUGAAA